AUGCACGAGUCACACUCAUCAACGAAUAACGAUUCCCUUCCAAUUCAAUCUGAGAAACACAUGGACAGGCGGACCAGUCCCCCUAGUAGAGACAGCAGUGUUGUGAACAUAUUCUCACGUUUGCCACGUGAGCUCCGAAAUCGCAUUUACAUUUUCUGCCUUGGAGGAAGCUAUGACAAUGAAGUAAUUGUGCGCCGCGCUGCCAUGGGCAGGACGUACCGCUUCACUCACCUGAUUCGAGAACCUUGCGGCCAAUACUCGUACCGAUGGAUCGAAGACCCUGUUUCAGCCUGUUUGAGCAAAAAAGGCUGGGACUUCCAUCUUGCACGGGAAAUGUUAGAGUGCUAUUAUUGGACACGCACUUUUAAGUUUGCUCAUCACGAGAUGUACCUGCUUGAGCCAUUUCUCAGCACAGAUGGCUUUGGGUUCGGCAUGACCCCAGCCGUCUAUGCUCGACGGUUACAGAUACAGAUUCAGCCUCUUCUCUUCGCCUUUUUGUUGCCGGAUAACCGGAAGAUUGAGGAGGAGCGGUUUUGUAAUGCCAUCGAGGCGCUCGGUAUCAUCCAGACCGCGCGAACCGAAAUUGCAAUCGAAGUCGACUUGGCACAGGCGUCGUUGAGCGACGCUGAUUACGAGCAUUUUCUGGAUGCUGCCACCAAGUUUACCAUUCAAAUCCAGAGCUUAGUGGACGUAUUGAAAAAGAAGGGGCUGCGUGUUACCCUCAGGGUCGUCGGAUCCCAACUUCAGCUUGAAACGAGGAUGAAUGCUUCCGAAUCGAUUGCAACUAGCAGCACUGGACUCAAAUCACCGGUAUUACCGAUGUCGCAACAGAGUUACCAUGAAGCUUUUUGA